AUGAAAUUUCUGCUGUAUUUUUUGACCAUCGUUUGCCUGGCUGUUGGUCACUCAAUUGACAAAGCUAAGUCUAGUAUGAAUGAGAACCACUCUCUAUCAUAUUUGCUUGGUGUUAAAAAAAUCCCACCUACUUGGGUUUCUGGUGAUGGGACCGUCUUAGAAGAAGGAAGAAUUGUGUUAACACCAAAGAAAAGUUCUAAAGGCUCACUAUGGAGCAGGUCCGUGUAUCAGUUAAAGGAUUCUUUUACAAUGGAAUGGACAUUUAGAAGUGUCAACUAUUUUGGAGACUCUAAAGGUGGCAUUUCAUUUUGGUUCAUAUCCGAUUCAGUGCCCCACGCUGAUAAAUCUUUAUAUAAUGGUCCACAAAAAUAUGAAGGUUUCCAGAUGUUAGUGGAUAAUAAGAGUAAGUUCAAAUCUACACUACAUGUUUUAUUGAAUGAUGGUUCCGAAACUUUCAAAGAAGACGAUAUACAUUUGAGAGCUAUAGGUAAGUGUUUACUAAGUUACCAAGACCAAUCAGUGCCAUCUACAAUUCGUUUGUCCUACAGCAGUCAAGAUAAUUUAUUUAAAGUACAAGUCAAUAAUAAGGUAUGUUUGCAAACAAGCAAAGUUAAAUUGCCAAAGGGCAACUACUUUAUUGGUGUCACUGCUGCAAAUUAUAACAACGAUGAGUCUUUUGAAAUUUUACAAAUGAAAAUGCAUGAUGUUUUAACUGAGGAAUCCUUAAUUCCAAAUGUAAACCAGAUGCCUCAACCUCAAUUGCUAACUAAAAUUGUCGACAAAGCUACCGGUAAUGAAAAGCUUGUCACUAAAGCGAAAUUUGAUUCGAAAUCUAAACAAUUCAGUUCAAAUGAAAUCUAUAAGAAAUUAGAUAAAAUCGAAGGUAAGAUUUUAGGUAAUGAUAUCAGCAACCUAGAAGAGAUGUUGACAGAAUUAAUGAAGACUCAGGAGUUAUUGGCAUCGAGCAUUGGAAAACUGGCGGAACAAUUCGGUUCACAUACUGUCCAAAAGGCUCAGAACCCUAAUGAUGGCAGCAUUGAUCCAGAAAAAUAUAAGGAUAUUUUUGCUUUGAAUGAAAAAUUGGAAAAAAUGAUUGCUGAUCAACAAAAGCUGAGGGACUCUGCAUCUCACAACAAUAACACCUCACAUCUAGAUUCGAUUGUCAACAAGCUAACACUAUUUUUGAUCCCACUGAUCAUAUUUAUGUGUGUCAUGACUUAUUAUACCAUCAAGAUAAAACAAGAACUAUUAAAGACUAAAUUAUUGUAG